AUGCCAGCCCUCACGAUGAGAAGCCUGCUACUGCCAGCAUCACUACUAAGCGUACUGGUGUCAGCCACUCCAGCCCCGACCGCACGACGAGCACCCGAUGCGAACGCUCUGCUACCACGAGAGACUCCUACAUUGGUCCGACGAGAUGUGACCAAGACGUACAAGAACAGGAGGGACAUAAUUGGUGAUAUCAAGUCGGACGUCGACGGCAUCCUCGGCGAUCUAGGCAAUGUGCCGUCUUAUAUCGCAAGCGGCGUGGCUCCGUGGUUCCAAGGCUUUCCUACAGGUCAUGCCGUUGCCAGCUCUCUGGGUGUCGACGAUGAGCAGCUUGCGGCAGCUCCGACACAGGCUCUGAACAUACCACCAUAUGCGAACUUUACAGACCAAGGCUGGAACGUGCGAUUCCAUGGCAACAUCUACAAGCAGCCUCCUACCUCGAACGAGACUCUGGACAAGCUAGCAGGGGAUUUGUUCAUUUACGGAACGGACUUCCAUGACCUUCCAGAGAGUCAGCAGGCCAUGGCACGAAACGUUACGGCAGCCAUCUUCGUUGUCCAACAGGGCGACGUUGAGGUCUCGACCAUCGAAGUUGCGCCUUACGAUGGAGACCAGGCUGCUACCGGUGGUAGCCAGAACAUCACCCUGCCAUACAACACGACCGCACAAGGUGACUUCGACGUAUUCAUGCCAAUCCAAAGCAAUGGCUUGAUGAACGGCAACGAGACUCAACAGCUCCAAAAGCUGAACACAUGGGUGACAAAUACCACAAACGGCAACGCGACAGCAUACCUCGUGCCGAACGAAGGUCUUACGAUCGUCUCCGACAUCGAUGACAUCCUUCGCGUUACAAAAAUCUACGACCCCCAGGAAGGCCUCCUCAACUCGUUCGCUCGGCCAUUCGUCGCCUGGGAGAACAUGCCUGAGAUCUAUGCGAACUGGUCUCAGGCAUUGCCAAAUGCUCACUUCCACUACUUGACCACUCUACCAGAGCAGGUCACUCGCAACUACGAGCAAUUCAUCUAUGAUACUUAUCCGGCUGGCUCCUUCGAUACAAGGCCUUUGAACUUCAGCGACGUCAGCGCGACGUUGAGCAUCAGGCAGUACCUCCUGACUAAGAUCUUCGAGACUUUCCCGCAGCGAAAGUUUGUGCUCGUGGCCGACACUUCGAACAGCGAUGUCAUGCGCGAUUAUCCACAGAUGUACCACGACUACCCGAACCAGGUGCAGUGCAUCUUCCUCCGCAACUCAUCCGCGACCGACGAUUCCGACAAAUUCCCAUACAACACCGAUGGCUUCAAGGGUAUUCCUCAAGAGCGAUACAUGUUCAUCGUCAACGCGGACGAUCUGGCCAACAUUAAUAUCGCCGGAGAAUCUUGCUACAACCAAUCGGUUGCACAGAACUUGACGUUCGGAUAUCAAGGACUGCCAUUGGGUAUUGGUAACGAUGCGUCUGUGAAUGGAAGUGCCAACGGCGAGGGUAACAAGAGUAGCGCGGCUUACUCGCUGCCUGCGAACACUGGCAUGACCUUCUUCGCGUUCGUUAGUAUGUUGUUCUGGCAGCUGCUGUAG